AUGAAUGGAACAGUUAUAAUCACUGGCGCAAACGGCUCUUUAGCUCUCGGCUUCGUCGAGUCCUUCCUGAACUCUUACCCCGAGCAUACCCUCAUCGCCACCGUGCGGAACGCCUCUCCUGAAACAGACUCGAAUACUGCCAAACUGGUGCAACUUAUUGCCAAAUAUCCACAAGCAAAUUCCAAGGUUGAAGGCCUUGAUCUCGGCAGCCUGGCAGCGGUGCGCUCGUUCGCCGACAAUCUGGCGGCAAGGAUAUCCUCAGAGGAGCUCCCACCCAUAUCAGCCAUCAUCUGUAACGCAUUCACCUGGUCCCUCCAGACGGGUCAAAAGUUUACAUCCGAUGGCCUCGAGGCAACAUUCCAAGUUAGUCAUCUGUCACACUACCUCCUCAUCCUGAAGCUGCUUGGAAGUAUGGAUCGUACCUCCGGACGGGUCGUCAUGUUGGGUUCGGCGGUGCAUUACCCAGAAAAAGCGAAUCCGCUGUCUUCUUUGCGAGCUGGUAUCCCGGAGAAUGUUGAGGAGCUUAUCAAGCCUACUCCGGAUCCCCCGGCCCUUGUUCAUGAUAGAGGAUUCCAGAGGUAUGGGACGGCCAAGCUGGCGAACGUUAUAUUCACAGAAGAUCUCAAUAAAAGGCUCCAAAAGGACCCUAAUCUAUCAAACAUAACAGUGCUGGCCAUGGACCCAGGCGGCCUCGUCGCGUCCAGAGCACAAUCAGGCCAGAAGGCAUCUGUCCAGCGCGUAUUCUCGGUUCUCAACUUCCUCAUGCCCGUUUUAAAACAUGUAACGACCGCACUUCGCACCAACAAGGAUUCUGGUCGAGAUCUGGUGGCUGUCAGUGUGGAUCCGGCUUUUCACGGGAAGCGCGGGUAUUAUAUUGGGCAGAAAGCUGACAGUCCAGCUGAGGCUAGUCGGAAUUCUGAUGUACACAAAAAUCUCUGGAAUGCAUGUUGGGAAUGGGCGGGUCUUACGCCGGGCGAGACAGCUCUUACCAAUGCGGCGCCGGGGCAGUAG